AAAUCAUCGGGUCGAGGAAAGAUUCAGCAAGAUAUAUGGAUACGCGAGAGAAAGCUUGGCCAAGGAGGAUACGGGAUUGUUUGGCUGGAAAGAAAUAAUGGGAGUGGUCAAGGGGUCUCUGAGCUGCGUGCAGUAAAGGAGUUGAACAUACAAAGGUAUAAAGCGAGAGAUUGUGUUCGUGAAAUAGAGGCACUGGCAAAAUUCUCACAAGACAAGGUUAGCUGAUCUCGACUCCCCCUUUUUCGAAUUUGACUGAUCAUGAUAUAGUUUGUACGAUACUUCGUCAAAUCCCACGGGUGGUUUGAGAGCAACAAUCAUUUAUAUAUCGCGAUGGAAUAUUGUGAACACGGGGAUUUGAGGAGCUAUUUAAAAGAGCACGGGAGGUUGCCAGAGGGGCAGGCUCAAGAUACUGCAUGGCAAAUCCUCCAAGGGCUACAGUUCAUGUAUCAGAACAAAUUUGCACAUCGAGACUUAAAGCCAGCGGUAUGUUGAUUGUGGCAAGAUGAGGAAUUCCAAGUACUGAUAUGUAAAAAGAACAUUCUUAUUAAGAGCAAAACUUUGGACGAGUGGCAUGUAAAGAUUUGCGACCUCGGUCUUAGCAAACGAAUUGAAGGGGCAACGGCUUCCACAGUCAGAGGGACUCCAGGAUUUACACCCCCAGAGAUCUUUCUGGGAGUAUCCAAGGAUUCUAGUACGGUAUAUCCUUUUGCCAUUGAUAUGUGGUGUCUCGGAGAAACUGUUUAUAAUAUUCUGACACUCGAGCCCGCUUUCAACGAUGUUUCGGCAGGGCGUGAAACGAGGGGGCGUACUACAACAUAACAACUUUUCUUUUGUCAUAACCAGAAGCCUAGCUGCUUCCAACAACCCAAGAACUGUAAUGACCAUAAACCCCUUCUCAAACAUGUAGUUAGUACAGCUUUACUCAUCUGUUGGAGGGAAACCCCCAGCCGUGCUACUAUAGUCUCAGACUCACACAGCACGUUAAAAGGAAUAAUAAUAAUAAUAAUAAUAAUAACGAUGUUUCGGA